UAAGGUGGCGGCUUGGUGUGCCAUCAUCAUCUUUCUACUUCCUUUUCCCUUCAUUCUCACAACAAUGGGCAAACCCGCUAGUUCUUCUUCCUCCUCUAUUAGCAGCACCACCAACCGUCACCUCCUCCUUUCAACCGCAUCUUCUCUCACUCAAGAACUUCCCACUGAUCUUAGGCUUGGACUCGGCAUUUCCGCCACUCAACAUUUUGCCUCUUCUAUUUCAAGGGGGCAAUGGCAACAAUCACACCACCCUUUUGUGAACAUUUAUUCACAAGUUCCUGCUGAAGUGAAUGAUUGCAGCAACGAUCAUAGCAGCUUCUUUGUGAAGGUGUACAUGGAAGGGAUUCCAAUCGGAAGGAAGCUCAAUAUACUAGCUCAUGGAGGCUACUAUGAGUUAGUCAGGACUCUUGAACACAUGUUUGACACUACCAUUCUUUGGGGAACAGAAAUGAAUGGAGUGCAACCAGAGAGAUGCCAUGUGCUAACUUAUGAAGAUGAAGAAGGGGAUUUGGUCAUGGUUGGAGAUGUCCCUUGGGAGAUGUUCUUAUCGACGGUGAAGAGGUUGAAGAUCACAAGGGUAGACACAUUCGGGUGUUAAGUGAAGAACAUGACACUGCCUCUUCCUUCACCGGUGAUUUUAGAUUUUGUCCUCUAGAGUGAGACUCUAAUGAGGUCACUGAUCAGAAAAUUUAGAAAAAUCUUAGUGAAGUAUAUGCACAGAUAGGUGAUGUAUAUGCAUAGCUCACUCUGCUCUUUCUUUCAAGAUAAUGGAAAAAGAAUAGUGUUGUAUAUUAAUUCUUACUCAUUCUGGGCUACCGGAUUUAUUUUCUUUCUA